UCAAUGGGUAGUGUAACCAGGAAGAGAGGAGGAGGAGGAGGCAGCAGGUGAGGACACGCCCAUUCAGCAGCACAGCACCCUGGGUAUUGUAGUUCACAAGGAGGCGGCGCACACUCGGCCCCAGAGAAUCAUGGGUAAUAUAGUCCAGACGGAGGGAGAGGAGGAGCUAGAGGACACUCCCACUCGGCCGCACAGCACCCUGGGUAUUGAAGUCCAUGAAUUGGAGGAGGAGAAGCAAGAGAGAUGGGACACUCCGGCCCCCACGUCUGAGCCCCAGGGAACUCUGGUCCACCAGGUGUCAGUAGAGGGCUCCUCCCAGCAGUACGAGGGUCACCAUGCCGACGGAGAGGUCAGAGGUCAGGCUMGGCGUGACAGCGAGCGGGUGGUGCCUGACCUCCAGGUGAACUUUUCUAUCCCCCUGAGGUUAGAAGUUAGAGUUCAGGGGUCAGGGGGCCGGCGGUUGCUAGGCGACGCCCCUUACAGGCUGAGCGUCGACGAGGCGUCAGACUGUAUGAGCUACGUCAGCACCUCUCCUUCUUCCUCUCUGCCCCCCACUCGUCUCCACGGCAACCYCAGCGCUAGUAACCCGCGACGACAUCAGCACCAGAGGAGGAAGGCGGGUCUUGGAGCCCUCAGGUUCCUGCGGCAGAAUUCCUUCUCCCAGAAUGCCGUGUUCUGCCUGCUGAGCGGCCGGCCGCUGGUGGUGAUUGGUGGAGAYGAGGGUUCCGUGAGGAGGACGGUCGCUGCCCUCUCGCUCUACCUGCCMUCACCUGGUCYCUAUGGAGAUGCUGUGCAGCCCUACCUGGCCACGCCUCUUCAGCUGACAGACCUGCUCACCUGGAGACUCAUCGGAAUCCACAGGUAAAA